AUGAGCGAUCUAGUCGAGAACUUCAAAACCGUUCUUCAACGUAUUCGAGAAGCAACACCCGCCAAUCAAAAGCCUGUUCGAUUGAUAGCAAUCUCUAAAACCAAACCUGUCGAAAAUAUUAUUGAACUAUAUAAAGCAGGCCAACGUGACUUUGGAGAAAAUUAUGUUGAUGAAUUAGAAACCAAAGCAAACGAUAACGUAAUUCUCACCGAGUGUUCCGAGAUACGCUGGCAUCUUGUUGGUCAUCUACAAAGUAACAAAGUUAGUCGUGUUUUAACUCGUGUACCAAAUCUGUAUUGUAUACAAACUAUCGAUUCAAUCGAAUUGGCUAAUCGUAUCAAUAAUAGUCUGAAACAACAAUCGAAAACAUUGAAUAUUCUUUUACAAGUCAAUACAAGUCAGGAAGCACAAAAAUCGGGCAUAUCUAAAGACGAUUUUCUCGCUCUGUAUGAGCAUGUGAAAACCAACUGUACACAACUGAACUGUCAAGGUUUGAUGACAAUUGGUUUAUUGGACAACGUAAACGCUGCGGAUGAUUCUGAUUUUCAUGUGUUGAUUCAAUGUCGAAAAGAGCUAUGCGAGAAAUUUAAUCUUUCUAUAGACGAUAUUGAACUUUCUAUGGGAAUGUCUCACGAUUACGAGCGUGCAAUUCAAGUUGGAAGCACAAUUGUUCGGGUUGGAAGUUUGAUAUUCGGCGCUCGACUUCGACAUUGA